AUGGCGGCGCCCUUGAAGAGCAAUUUUGUUGUCAGUACAAAGAUUGAUGCAUUCUACACAGGAGGCAAAGUUCUCCUCUCUCAAGAUGGACUUCACAUGUUCUGUCAGUGUAAUGAAAAAAUAAAAAUUUUAGAAGUGGAAACUGGAAAAGUUGUACACACAGUUAUCCAGGAUGAUGAAGAUGAGAUCACCUGUUUUACUGUUACCAAUGAUAGCCAGGUUCUCGUGACAGCGGCUCGUAAUCUACUUUUACGACAAUGGGACUGGAAAGAUAAAGUAUGCACAAGAACAUGGAAAGCUAUCCAUGCUGCUCCUGUAGCCAGCAUGACAUUUGACAGUACAUCUACGUUAUUAGCCACUGGUGGGUGUGACAGUACAAUAAAAAUAUGGGACAUCAUUAAGCAGUACUGUACCCAUAACUUGAAAGGCUCACAUGGAGUUGUCAGUAUCGUACAGUUUCAUCCGGAUAUAUCCAGACUUCAGCUUUACUCGGCGUCGGAUGAUUAUAAAAUUAGGAUCUGGGAUUUGCAGACAAGCAGGUGUAUAGCUUUUCUAGAGAGUCACUUCAGUGCUGUAACUGCAAUGAGUUUUACAGAGGACGGUGACACGAUGGUCAGCUCAGGCCGUGACAAUGUUGUCAUCGUCUGGGACGUAGUUAAUUAUUCGGCAAAGAGAACCAUACCAGUGUACGAGACGGUUGAAGGGGUUCUUCUAUUGACAAAAAAAUUACUUCCUGAAAUCCAUGUUGAUGAUAAGAAUCUGUAUUUUAUCACAGCUGGCAGUAAAGGUCUUUUCAGGGUGUGGAACGCAGGUACUGGCAACUGUGUGUUCACACAAACCAAUAGUAUAACACAAAAACCACCUAGCAAGAAGACGAGUGAUGAACAAGACCCAGCUGGUAAUAUUGUCCAGCUACAUCGAUGUGAUGCAUUGAAUGUCCUCUGUGUUGUCUCGUAUGAUCAUAAUAUCGUCUUUUACAAUAUUGAUGAUUUCAACCUAGUCAAGCAGUUUGUCGGUUACAAUGAUGAAGUCCUUGAUGUGAAAUUGAUGGGUGAAAAAGAAACUCAUAUCGCCGUGGCAACCAACAGUGAGCAGAUUCGCAUCAUUGAACUCUCAACUCAGAAUUGUCAGAUUUUGACUGGACACUCGGAUAUUGUGUUGUCGUUGGACGUUUUCAAGGAUGGCUUGUUGAUGGUCAGCAGUUCAAAGGAUAACACAAUCAGGUUAUGGAAAAUGGACGUGUCAACUGGAACUGUGUCUUGUAUUGGUGUCGGUUCUGGUCAUACUCAUGGUAUUGGAACUGUUGCUACGCCAAGCCAUCCGAAAAUCUCCCUGGGGAUUUCACGGCUGGAUAUCAAUUCUGUUGCUGUGUCACCUAAUGAUAAACUAAUAGCUACUGGAUCGCAGGAUAAAUCCGCAAAGAUCUGGUCUUCCAACAAAGCUUCGCUGCUCGGUGUAUGCCGAGGACACCGCAGAGGAAUAUGGUGUCUUCAGUUCUCACCUGUGGAUCAGGUGUUGGCGACGUCUUCUGCUGAUGGUACAAUCAAAAUCUGGUCUAUAUCAGAUUUCACUUGCCUAAAGACAUUCGAAGGGCAUGAUAGUUCUGUUUUAAAGGUUAUAUUUCUGAGUCGAGGAAUGCAGAUUAUGUCAAGCGGUUCAGACGGGUUAUUAAAACUGUGGACAAUUAAAACCAAUGAAUGCGUGAAUACGUUUGAUGAACAUCAGGAUAAAUGUUGGGCAUUGGUGGCUAAGAAACCAGGUGAUUACAUCAUAUCCGGAGCUGCCGACUCUACUCUUAUCAUCUGGCAGGAUGUCACUGAAAUUGAAAAAGAGGAGAUUCUAUCUAAGCAAGAACAUGAUAUUCUCAAAGAGCAAGAACUAUCCAACUUACUGCAACGGAAGAAAUACUUGAAAGCCAUCGGUAUUGCUAUCACUCUAGACCAGCCUUUCAAAGCUCUCUACAUCAUCAAAGAAAUCUUAAGUGAACCGAAUGGUAAAGAAGAUUUAUCCAAAACACUUGGCAAGCUGAGAGCAGAUCAGUUGGAUGCCAUAAUGAAAUUUGCCAUACACUGGAACACUAACUCCAAACACUGUCACCACGCACAGACCGUGCUUCAACUCAUUCUGUGUUCAAUUUCACCGGAUGAUCUCAUGGCGUACCCACAUGCUAAGGAGUGUGUGCAAGCAUUUCUGCCGUACACUGAGCGGCAUUUCCAGAGAAUGAAUCGGUUGCUGCAACAAUCAAUGUUUAUAGAGUAUACUUGGCACAAGAUGAGAAUGGUGGCUGGAGACACAUCAAGUACUAAUGUCGCCAUGGAGAUACAUCAGCCAGCAUUUUCGGUUGAUAAAAGUAAAUCUAUGGACCAAUCAGAUUCAGAUAACAGUAGCCAAUCAGAUGAAGAUGAGAAAUCUGUCAGCCAAUCAGAUUCUAGUUCUGCUGCUGAAGACAACCAAUUAGUUGAGAAAAAAUUCAAUAACCAAUUAGACUCUGAUGACAGUAGCCAAUCAGAUUCAGAUGAGGCUGCCGAGGAUGCUAAUUCAGUCAGCCAAUCAGACUCUCAGGAUGAAUCAGCUGACCAAGCUGAGAUAAAGCGACUCAGGACUACUAAAUCAAGGACUAAGAAAAUCAAACCGAUGCAGAUUGAUAAAAUUGAAAGUGAAAGCGAAUCAGAAAAUGAAAUUAAAAUUCGUAAGCAUGAGAAAACUGCAAGUAAAAUGUCACUUAGGACUCGGAUGAGUAAGAGAAAGCACUUAGAAAAUGACAAAUCUCGCAAUGUAGUUCACGACGAGAAAGAAAAUGUUCCUUCAGACGAUGAAGAUGUGCCUCAGCAGAGAAAUGGAAUGAGACUAAAGCGAAAAACAAUCAAAAAAGUAUCUGAGGUUUCCUUGGUUACACCCAAGACAAAAAAGAAAAUACCAUCCCAAAAAGUUAUGGAAGUAACCAGUAGACGAUCUCUGAGAAAACGAAAAUAAUUACGAUGUAAUUUAAUCAGUUAAUUAAGCAAAGAAAUAAAUUUUCUUUCUUUUACACAA